CAGAAAUCGAGAAUCUUCUUCUCUUUCGCUUUCAUUCAACGCCCAAAUCCCCUUAUUAGGUUUUUGUUACAUUUGCAGUUACCUAAUUCUUCAAUGGCGACCUUCGAUGAAGCUCCGCCUGGCGAUUUCAAAUCCGGUGAGAAGAUCUUCAGGACCAAGUGCGCGCAGUGCCAUACCGUCGAUAAGGGCGCUGGCCACAAGCAGGGUCCCAACUUGAAUGGCCUUUUCGGAAGACAGUCUGGUACUACACCUGGUUAUUCUUACUCAGCUGCCAACAAGAACAAGGCCGUGAACUGGGAAGAGCAUACACUUUAUGACUACUUGCUUAAUCCUAAGAAGUACAUACCUGGAACUAAGAUGGUCUUCCCUGGAUUAAAGAAACCUAAAGAACGUGCUGAUCUGAUUGCAUAUCUCAAGGGAGCUACUGCUUGAAGAUGCCUUUUGUUAGACAGUCAUUACAUUUCUGACAGACGGAGAUACAUUUGUUAUUGGUUCUAUUUGGUAUUUUUUUCCAGUUGAAGUACAUAUGAUGCUUCAAUGGACACGAACGAUUAUCAUAUUUCUACGAUCUUUCUUAUGGCUCUUUGACCUAUACCAGUAAUAGGGAAUUUUGGUUGCCAUGAAUGGUUGCGGUAUUUCUUUGCUCAUAUUUGGAUGUGCAAAUAAAUGUAUAAGCAUUUGAACUUACUCAUGGAAUGGCUGCUUAAAUGAAUUGUCACUUUCCUGUUUUUUAGGCCAUCCCUGGUGGUAUUUGUUAUCUGUGGAUUUCAUAUCUUUUUAUUUCCCUAAUUUGAGUUUAUUAAUUCUUUGAAGAUGCUAAAAGUUCUUCACUAGGGCAAUAGUUACCUCAAGUAAACUUUGUGAGAUGCUGAAGGAAAUUGUACCGUCACAAUCUUUGCAGGCAUAUUGCAUCUUCGUUUACACUUGUUUUCUUGUUAUUGUUACAUCAUGUUGGCUUUUGGUAUAUCAUGG